AUGGGACAAAGCCUUAUAGACGGAAUACGGUAGUGGUUCCAGGCGUUCCAGCGGCGUUCGCACAAGUUAGUCUGAGUCGCCGAAACAUUAAUUAUUAAUAGAGAGACUGUACGAUACAUUUACAUAAUAAUAUAUAGGUAGGUACCAUAAUAUUUGUAUACAAAUUGUUUUCCAACAUCGUUGGACCGCUGGGCGUACAACACGAAAACGUCGUAAGUAAUUCUUCAGAUUACUGUGAUCACUACCAUUUUGAGACUUCACAUCACAAUUUGUAUUUUCACCAGAUAAUUGGAACUUAUGUUGAUGGUUGACCACGUGCAAAACAUUCUAUAAUAUAAUAAUAUAAUUCAUUGACAAUAGUCCACAAAAAUCGACUGAAAAACAAUGUUUUCCCUGAGUUUAUUCAAUGAUAUACUCCGACCAUUCAACACGACAUACAGAUGCUGGUCGGUGUCAAUGCUUCCUGGAAGUGAACGAGAAGAUGUCGAACGUGGAGGAAAAAUUAUAAUGCCCCCGUCUGCUCUGGAUAUAUUAACCCGGUUAAAUAUCAACUACCCGAUGCUGUUCAAGCUAACCAACAAAAGAUCCAACAGAAUGACACAUUGUGGUGUAUUGGAAUUCAUCGCAGAUGAAGAAAAAAUUUAUAUUCCUUAUUGGAUGAUGAAAAACCUACUGCUAGAUGAAGGAGAUAUGGUGCAAGUUGAAAGUGUUUCAUUAGAAGUAGCCACCUUUUCAAAGUUCCAACCUCAAAAUUCUGAAUUCCUUGAUAUUACUAACCCAAAGGCAGUUUUAGAAAAUUGCUUGCGCAAUUUUGCUUGUCUGACUUCUGGUGAUGUAAUAGCAAUUAAGUACAACCAAAAAGUUUAUGAAAUGUGUGUGUUAGAAACAAAACCGGGUAACGCUGUUAGUAUCAUUGAAUGUGAUAUGAAUGUUGAGUUUGCUGCUCCAGUUGGUUAUCAGGAACCUACGCAUGAAAAAAAACCUGCUGCAGAAGAUAUGAUGGUUGAUCCUGCUGAUUUAAUGCCAGAACCAACUGGUUUCAUAGCGUUCAAAGGGUCGGGCAAUCGAUUAGACGGAAAAAAAAAGAAAGACAACUCUGACGAUCAAUCAAAUCAAGUUAAACCAGUAUACCAGAGAGGUAUUCCAGAUUAUGAUUAUAACAUAGGAACUGUACAGUUCAUAAGGAACAUCCGCCCUGUGACUAAUGACAAAGAGGAUGGAAAUCAAGAAGGAUUUAAACCAUUUGCCGGGUCUGGAUCUGUACUAAAGACAAAGAAAAAAAAAAAAUAACUUAAUAAUUAUUUUUCGAAGCAUGUACAAAUUUGUUAAUAUAGCAUUAUUUCAAUUUUAAUAGGUGUAUACAUUUUUAAAAAAAUUCUAUGUUUAAUUGUAAAAUGGUUUUUUAACGGGGUUCCAAUUUUUAAUUGAAAAAUAAGUAUUUAUACAGUUAUUGUAAAUAUAAUUCUCACAAUACAAUUAGGAAAGUUGAAGAAGUCUUAAAAUUGUACAAUACAGUGAAAACUGUUUAUUACGGAAUAGCAUGGGACAAACAAUAAUUCCGUUUUAAACAGUUUUUUGCUUCAUUGAAUAAAACUGAAAUUCCGGAUUAUAAAUUUGUAUACAUUUUUCAUAUUACAAAAUUAGUUUAUAACAUUUAUAAUUUUUAUUUUUGAGUUAUUAAUUAAUUAUAAACUUAAUUUAUUACUUUACUUUAUAUAACUUAUUUAAGAUUAAUUAUAGACUUAUUUUAUUACAAAAUUAAUAAUAAUUUAUACGUAUUACAUAAGUAUGAAGGUUGAGAACUAAAUUUAAACAGUUAGCUUUUUCAAAAAUCAAGUAGAGUUUUUUGUUUUGUCACUGUAUCACUCAUCAUGUACCUACUCAUAACAAAGAAACAUGACAUAUUUCCGGCUUAUGCAAGGUUUUUACUUGCAUAGGACCUACAAAAUUGUUCCGUUUCCACGUUAGGAAGGUUCCGUUUUAUUGAGGUUCAAC